UCCUACCUCAAAUAUGGCGUGGACUGCACUCUGUCAACGACUGCAUACCGGACGCCGGAGUGCUCCACGCAUGCACAGAUGAGCAAGUGAAGUGCGUACAGCGAAGCAAGUGAAGUGGAAAAAAUAAUAUAAUAUAUGGUAUUUAGUAUAGAGUUAAAAUAUAGAGUAAAUAUGAUCGCAGAUGAUUGUGGUAUAGAGUAGAUAGUUUUGCUGACGAUGAUAAAUUAUUCUUUUUAGAGUACGGAUAGACGAGUGCGGAUAGCCUCAUAGACUAGCUGGCCGUUUCCCUCCGGGCUCCCGCUGAACCUACUGCUCGACCACCAGUCCGGCAGUCCCCCACGCCAGUACGCCACGCUCCCAUCGCCAUCACCCAGGACCCCGUGCUGCCUGGUGCCUGGACUCCAAGAACCCGCCCUCGAGGCCCAAGCACCGCUUCUCCCCCUCUCACUGUCACUGGUCACCACACGCCACACUACAGAGUCCAGAUCACGGCCACCGCGAUGGCUGCUUAGUGCGUCCGCGGCAGCUGGAGCCUGGAGAAUGGGCUGCUGCUUCAGCAAGAACCCGAGGACCCGCCCGGUGGCCGGAGCCUCUGACUUCCCGCGCCGGUGCGGACCCGAGGACCGCGACCCGCCGUCGCCGGAGGAGGAAACGGUCAAGGAGGUACUCUCGGAGACACCGAGCGCUAAACCCAGGGCCAAUCCCAAGCUCGUCGGCAAUGCCGUCGUCCCCGCCGCCGCGGACGAGCGGAAAGCGGAGAAGGCGAAGAAGCAGGACAGCGUCGAUGCCGCGGCGAGCGACGUCGGCAGCUGCGUGUCGCUCUCACUCGCCACCGACGAACGGUCCGAGGCGGCGUCGGAGUCGUCGGUCGCGACCAGCUCGGUGGCCGGGCCGGAGCGCUCACCAAGGACGAAACCGGCCAGGAGGCGCCCAGCGUCCGCCGAUCUGGGGCCAGCGCGGCGCGAGCGGGACCGCGCCGUCGCGGCCUCCUACGGCGUCCGCUCCCGCAGCGCGCGGGCGUCGGCGUCCCCGCCGCCGAGGCACGUGCCGCGGGACCGCUCCGUCCGGCGUUCGCCCUCGCCGGCAGCGAAGCGGCGGGCGUCGUCUGAGCCCCGCCGCGCCGCCAGCCCAACUCCGUCCGUGCAGCGCAAGCCGCCUGUCCCGGCAAGGCCGGCCGGCCGCGUCUCGCCGCGGCGGCGGGCACAAGAAGCGACUCCUCGUCCCGCCUCCCCGCCGCCGCCCUCGCAGCUGGAAGACGACGCCGUCACCGCGGCAAGUGAGCCCAGCAUCCCCGACGGUAGCGACGGUGGCGAUGUUCAAAGUGGCCGCGGCGGCGACGACGGCAAAGAGUCGUUGGAGAACCCGCUGGUGUCAUUGGAAUGUUUCAUCUUUCUGUAGCGCUGUGCUGAUGCAGUGAUGUUGUAAUCUCGCGCUAUUUUCCUUCGAAAGUAUUGGGCUAAUGAUCCACUUUAGAUGCUGGUGCUGUGGUGCAGCAGUCAGUUGUUUGUACUGCCGCUGCCACCUUCCGUUAACUUUGUCAAGUCCAAGAGAAAUGCCAGUAGCUUUUGGCUUUUCAGAGGCGUGCGGUGUGCCUGACAA